AUGCAGCCGUAUCCGCCCGCCUCAACGAAAGCCCCCGCUCCUCGCCUCGCCGCACCACAUGACACCUCCCCUCCAAGCACCGACGGCGGAGCAGAGACGCCGCCGAAACAGUCGAGGAGGGUGAGGCGGCGGCGGGAGCUCGCGGGCAACCCCGCGAAGGGGUUCUCGGUUGACGGCGACGGCGCGCGGCGGUUGCGCACGCACCUGUGGCACGCCAAGAGGUUCUCCAUGGAGAGGCGGUGCGGCUUCGUCCUGCCCGUCGGUGCCCAGGGGAGAGGGAGGGGUUCAAGGAGUAUCCUCAAGCGGCUGAAGAAUGCUACCGUUGUCCAUGAUGCGAGCUACCUGGUUCCAAUUCAGCUAGAUGGUCCACAGCCCACAGAGGAGUUUGUCCCGGAGGCGUUCGAGAACAUCCAGGAUCAAGACUUCGGGGAUUCCGAGCAACUCAACGAAGAAGGCAAGUGUUCUUGA